GAGGCGAGCCAGGCCAACGUGUCAUCCUCCAGGUUUCACACACAGCCUCGGGGCUUCCUGGCUGCUUAUAUUGCGAGUGGGAAUUGUCGAAUCAACACACACACACACAGACACACACAUCACAGAGGUGCUGGAGGAAGCUGCUGCCUGAGCCGGGUAACAAACACACACACAGCCCUCGGUGCCUGCCUGCCUGACCCAAGAUGUUGCAUCUGGUGGUCCUGGGCUGCAUCUUCUUCCCGGGACUCUUCCUCCUCAGCCGGAGAGCGCUGCACAACGCGGAGCCGGCUCUGACCGAUGGGGAUGUCGUCUCUCUCAGCGUCAGAAUCGUCUCGUCCAUCCAAGCCACGUUGGCAGUAAUCACCGGCGUGAUCAUCACAUCCACUUGCAACCAUGUGAUGAAGGACAGCCAUUGGAUUUCCAAGGACUAUAUACUGUUUGGAAGUCCUUACAUGGUGUAUGAUAUAUAUGCCAUGUAUCUGUGUCACUGGUACAAGUACAAUGGAAAGUCCAAUUCAUCCUUCCGUUUUGUGACAAGCUUCUUGAAGAAGAACCCUUUGAUUAUCCUACACCAUCUUGCCCUGUGCCUUGUCUGCUUCCCCAUUGUAUUGUUUUAUAGGAAGGGCCUCGGAGAUUUCUUCCUGGGAUGUCUACUCCUGGCAGAAAUGAGCACGCCGUUCGUGUCUCUUGCCAAAAUACUUCGCCAGUUGAAGAAGCAGGACACGAUGCUGUACAAGAUCAACGGAAUCAUGGUUCUGGUGACCUUCUUCGUCUGCCGGAUCCUGGUGUUCCCCUUCAUGUAUUGGGCCUACGGCCGGCAGUACGGCAUCCCGGCCUACAGGGUGCCGUUCCACAUCCCUUGGCACUGCACCGUGGCCAACGGCCUGAUCAUGGCCCUGCAGCUCCACUGGCUCACUCUAAUCGUCAAGAAGGCAGUGAAGAUCGUCAAGGUCGAGUGAGCCCGCGGCUGGAUUCCCCCCCGGCACCAUCGGCAUUCCCUGCACUCCCGCAUGGGAGCCGGGGACCACCUGUUCAAGUUAGACACAAAACGCUGGAGUAACUCAGCGGGACAGGCAGCGUCUCUGUAGAGAAGGAACGGGUGAGGUUCCGGGUCGAGACCCCUCUUCACCUUGGGUACCGCAGGGCACCACGAUCGAUGGUUGCCGUGGUCAUGGGCGUUGCCAUGGUCACCGGCUCCUCUUGGCCCGAGCUCUGUCUCCAGACAGAGGGACCUGACAGAUAUGGAAGGGUAAAGUGUGAAAACGAGAGAUCAAAGGGGGGGCCAAGAUCAAUUCUAUUCUAGUCAACAUUUUCCUUACCCUUCCAUAUCUCCGUGUCUCCCUCUCCCCUGACUCGCAGUCUGAAGAAGUGUCUCGACCUGAAACAUCACCCAUUCCUUCUCUCCAGAGAUGCUGCCUGUCCCGCUGAGUUACUCCAGCAUUCUGGGUCUAUCUUCGGUGUAAGCCAGCAUCCGAUGCAUUUUGUCUACCUGUUCAAGUGUGACCAGUUACUUCUACUUCUCCAGUAUUUCAUGCUGUGUCAUUGUUGUGUUGGGAUCAUUGUUUGGAGACAUUCAUCAGAAAGUCAGCACUUGAAUUCUUGAUACCAGCUUCCUGACAAUAAUCAGGGCCGAUGAAUUUACCUCCAUUUGCAUUGUGUUGAUUUCAAUAAUUCUGUAGCAGCAAAUUUAAAGUUGUUUUUAAAGUUAUAAACCAGUCUUUCACCAGCUUAGACUUAAGAUGGUGGAGGCUCGUGGAUAUAAACUCGGAUCUAUGCAGUUUAAACUUUUUUUGUGAUAAUUGAUAAUAAAUAUUUUUAUAAAUCAAA